CGCGUUCCCGCCGCCCCACUCUCUCUGGUCGCUUUCUCUCUCUAUAGCACCCAACACCGAACCACCAUUUUUACAUUUACUUAUUUACACAUUCUUUGAUUUUUGAUAUAUAAUCAAACCCCUCACCAUUUCCUCCAUCUCUCUUCUGAAACAAUAACAUCACAGCCUUCUCUCUUCUUCUUCUUCAAUGGCCAAGUGGCAUCAGAAGGCUCGCAAGCUCUCCUACAUCUCUGUCCCUUCUCAGAUUAUCAGCUCAAUAUCUUCUUCUUCCCUUCAAUCUCUGCUUGAAUCUCCCAAGAAAUCUUCCAGAAAAUCCAAGUUCUUCUCUUUCUUCACCUUUAGAAGCUCACGGCUCUGGUUUCUCACCCUGUUCUUCGUUGGUUUCUUUGGGAUGCUCAAGUUUGGAUUCGACUUCGAUGUUCCAUUUUCUCCCUACCCAUGUCCUAUGCCUCAGCUGAAUCUCCCAAUAAUCUCCAACGGUCAUUCAGAAGCUGCCCGUCAAAAUGUUCAGAAAGAUGAGGUUCUGGAUAAUACGAGGUUGUCGCUGCCUUUGGCGUCCAAUGUGGAGGUGAGAGAGGAAACUGAUGAUGGACAAGUUGAGAAGAGCGAGUUCUGGAAGCAACCAGACGGAUUGGGUUACAGGCCUUGCUUGGAUUUCAGCAGGGAUUAUAGGAAACAGACCCAAGGGAUUGUGAACAACAGGAGGAAGUACCUCAUGGUUGUGGUCUCUGGUGGUAUGAAUCAACAGAGGAAUCAAAUUGUGGAUGCUGUUGUUAUUGCUAGGAUCCUCGGAGCUACCUUGGUUGUCCCCAUUUUGCAAGUCAACCUCAUAUGGGGCGACGAAAGUGAAUUUGCUGAUAUAUUUGAUUUGGAACACUUCAAGAGAGUUCUUGCAAAUGAUGUUCGAGUGGUUUCUGCAUUGCCUUCUACUCACUUAACGACCAAACCAGUUGAAGGAAGCCCUCCGCUUCAUGUUACUCCCAGUUGGAUACGUGCUCGGUACCACAAAAGACUUACCAGAGAAGGUGUUUUGCUCUUACGUGGCUUGGAUUCGAGGCUGUCGAAGGAUCUUCCUUCUGAUCUUCAGAAGCUUCGAUGCAAGGUUGCUUUUCAUGCCUUAAGGUUUGCGAAGCCGGUUCAGGAACUCGGUGACAAGAUUGCCGAGAGGAUGAGAAGCAAAGGACCCUACCUGGCCCUUCAUCUUCGAAUGGAGAAGGAUGUGUGGGUAAGAACCGGCUGCUCUCCCGGUCUAAGCCCUGAGUUUGAUGAGAUGGUGCAGAAAGAGAGGAUAAACCGGCCGGAGCUUUUGACUGCAAAAUCAAACAUGACUUCCCAAGAAAGGAAGCUGGCUGGCCUAUGCCCCUUGAAUGCUGUGGAAGUAACCAGGCUACUUAAAGGUCUAGGAGCUCCUAAGAAUGCAAGAAUCUACUGGGCUGGAGGGCAACCAUUGGGUGGAAAAGAAGCUUUGCUUCCAUUAAUCCAAGAGUUUCCACACUUUUACAGUAAGCAUGAUCUCUCCUUGCCGGGAGAACUUGAACCGUUUUCCAGAAAAGCAUCUCUGAUGGCUGCCAUAGAUUACAUAGUUUCUGAGAAGAGUGAUGUCUUCAUGCCAUCUCAUGGAGGAAACAUGGGCCAUAUGCUUCAGGGUCACCGGGCGUAUGCUGGGCACAAGAAAUUUAUCACCCCAAACAAGCGACAGAUGCCGCCCCAUUUUCUGAACUCUUCCCUGCCGGAAGCAGAGUUUAACAGGAUCAUCAAAGAGCUUCAUCAUGAGUCCUUAGGGCAGCCGGAGCUCCGGAGGCCUGGGAGGGAUGUCACCAAGUAUCCGGUCCCUGAAUGCAUGUGCCAAGCCUCACGAGCUCGAUCUCACUUGUAAUUUAACACCAAGCUUACUAGUAUGGAAAAACUGCCCCGUGAAGAAGCAAGUGAAGGCUAAUUUCUGCAGCUCCUACAAUUUUGAUCGGCACCUAGAUGUUGAUCGAUCGGGCUGAGUUCAACCAGAGUUUUCUUGUGAAGCAUGCCACUUUCUUCAGGUGUACAAAUAUGAAUUAUUGCUUAGACAUACUUUAUGCAAAGGGGAUCCCAUAAGUCAAUGAUAGAGUACACAAUAAUGCACAGCAGAAAAGGUCAUUUUUUUAAUUCUUUUAUACACACGAGAGAUUGUAUAGGAUACCAUGUUCCCUUGCUUUGUGUAAUUCUUUGAACCAUAUUACAGAUGUAUGCAUAUAUUUGUAUAAAUUAAAGCUGAGUUUAUCAUGAA